CGGGUGAGGGGUGGGCGACGGUUGGCAGUUGGUUGUGAAGGAGCCGCGAUGUGAGGCCGGACAGCGCCUGAUCCCGGGUCACAGUCUGCACCGAGCGGCCGGGCCCCAGCUCAUGAAAGCUCUGAGAGAAUGGCUGAAAGAUGCAAGGAGAUUGCUUUGCUGCUUGGGGUAGUGGCAGUGUGCUAUUGGAACAGUAUCUACUGCGGUUUUGCCUUCGAUGAUGUUUCAGCCAUACUGGACAACAAAGACCUUCAUCCUUCAACACCACUGAAAACCCUUUUCCAGAAUGACUUCUGGGGCACCCCCAUGACUGAGGAGAGAAGCCAUAAAUCUUAUCGACCACUAACCGUCCUCACCUUUCGACUGAACUACCUUUUCAGUGAACUAAAUGCUGCUUCGUACCACUUCAUGAACCUUGUUCUGCACGCAGUGGUCUGUGUCAUUUUUUUUAAAGUGUGCCAUCUGUUCCUAGACAAGAGAUCCAGUCUGAUUGCUUCUCUACUCUUUGCAGUUCAUCCAAUACACACAGAGGCGGUUAGUGGAGUAGUUGGUCGAGCUGAACUUUUGUCCUCUAUCUUCUUUUUGGCUGCCUUUUUGUCCUACACUAAAUCUAAAGGUCCCAACAAUUCAAUAGUCUGGACUCCUAUUGCAGUAACAGUAAUUUUAGUUGCCAUUGCAACAUUAUGCAAAGAACAAGGAAUAACAGUCAUUGGUAUAUGCUGUGUCUAUGAAGUAUUUAUAGCCCAAGGGUUCACGCUUCAUGUUUUCUGGGAAACUGCUGCACACUUGUUACGAGGAAAGGGCAUUCUGCCAUCGUGGGUACUCCAGACCUUAAUCAAACUUAUUUUUCUGGUGCUCAGCACCUUCCUGCUUGUCAUUAUCCGGGUACAAGUCAUUCAAUCCCAGUUGCCAGUGUUCACCAGGUUUGAUAAUCCAGCGGCUGUCAGCCCCACUCCUGCCAGGCAGCUAACUUUCAAUUACCUCUUGCCAUUGAAUGGCUGGCUUCUCUUGAAUCCAUCAGAAUUGUGUUGUGAUUGGACAAUGGGAACUAUUCCAUUAGUGGAAUCUAUCUUAGAUAUUCGAAAUGUUGCUACAGUAAUCUUCUAUCUAUUUUUGGGACUCCUAAUCCAUUAUAGUCUUCGUAAUCCUGGUGAAUCAUCUAGAACCAUAAUAAUGGCACUUUCUUUCAUGGUACUGCCAUUCAUUCCUGCAUCAAAUCUAUUUUUCCCUGUUGGCUUUGUGGUAGCAGAGCGUGUGCUGUAUGUUCCCAGCAUGGGAUUUUGUUUGUUGGUUGCACAUGGAUGGAGGAAGAUAGCAAUAACUGGGAAUCUAAAGAAACUGGCAUGGAUUGGGUUGACAAUUCUACUUACCACUCAUACCUUCAAAACAAUUUACAGAAAUUGGGAUUGGGAAUCUGAAUACUCCUUGUUCAUGUCAGGUCUUAAGGUCAAUAAAAAUAAUGCUAAACUUUGGAACAAUGUGGGCCAUGCUUUAGAAAAUGAGCAUAAAUAUGAAGCAGCUUUGAAGUUCUUCAUUCAAGCUACAAGGGUUCAACCAGAUGAUAUUGGUGCCCAUAUGAAUGUUGGAAGAACGUAUAAAAAUUUGAACAAAACCAAAGAAGCAGAAGAUGCCUACAUGUUAGCAAAAUCCCUCAUGCCUCAGGUUAUACCAGGAAAGAAAUAUGCAGCACGCGUGGCACCCAAUCAUCUAAAUGUUUACUUAAAUCUUGCAAAUUUGAUUCGAGCAAAUGAAUCUCGCUUGGAGGAAGCUGAUCAACUCUACCGACAGGCGAUCAGUAUGAGACCCGAUUUUAAGCAGGCUUACAUCAACAGAGGGGAGUUGCUUCUCAAGAUGAGUAGACCUCUGGAGGCCAGGGAUGCGUACAUAAAAGCCGUAGAACUCGACAGAACUAAUGCAGAUCUCUGGUACAAUUUGGCCAUUGUUUACAUUGAGCUGAAAGAGCCAGCGGAAGCCUUGAAACAUUUCAACCAAGCUCUGGAAAUCAAUGCAAGCCACAAGCUAUCGUUAUUCAACUCCGGCCUUCUAAUGCAAGAAUCGGGGGAUCCUAGGUUAAGACCUGAGGCUGAAAAGCGUUUUCUGAGUUACGUGGAUAUGGAGCCCAAGGAUGCAAAUGGCUACUUCAAUCUGGGCAUGCUUGCAAUGGAUGCUAAGCAGAAUUCUAAAGCAGAGGCCUGGAUGAAAAAAUCCAUCCAGGUCGAGCCAGGCUUCAGAAGUGCACUCUUCAACCUGGCUCUAUUGUAUUCCCAGAUUGGGAGAGAGUUGGAGGCUUUACCAGUUCUGGCAGAGUUACUUGGGCACCACCCUGAUCAUAUUAAAGGCCUCAUCCUACAAGGAGAUAUUCUAAUGAACCAGAGGAGAGAUAUUCAAGGAGCUAAGCAGUGUUUUGAAAGGAUUUUACAGAUUGACCCAACCAAUGUUCAGGGAAAGCACAACCUCUGUGUGGUGUAUUUUGAAGAACGGGAUCUUCUAAAGGCUGAGAAGUGUUUAUCUGAGACAUUGGCUUUAGCACCAGAAGAGGAGUACAUCCAUCGUCAUCUGAGUAUUGUGCGCAGUAAAAUAGCAGCUCAGAGCAAUGGUGGCCAGUCAGAACAAAUGGCAGCAGGUGCUCAGUCUCACUCAACAAAAGAAAAAAAAACUUCAAUUGAAAAUCUGAAGAAAGACCACAGUGAACAAAACAAAGCUGAAACACUGAACUCUUCCAAAGGUCACGCAAAGUCUCCCAGCAAUUCCGAACAAUCUGGAGAGGCCCAAAACAAUCACAACAAACGGACUAAAAAAAAGUCAAAUAAGGAAAUUAAAGAGAUUGAGAAGAAGAGAGCUGCAGCUUUAAAACGAUUGGAAGAAAUCGAACGCAUUUUAAAUGUUGAAUAGAGAAAAGGAAAUGUCCCAUUAUUCCUUCAGAUUUAUCACAGUUUGCACCCUUCCUGCUAUGCAGGAUGCUUUGUUUUAUGGGAAUAAUUAAACAAAUGUAUGGCAGAAGUAAUACAGGGCAAUCCCAUAUAAGGCAGUCACCUGGUCCAGUUUCUCAUGACCCAUGUUAAAGCAAGGAUGAAAAUUGUCCGACUUCUGGGUUAUCAUGCUGCUGCUAAUGUGGCUUCCUGUGCAAUGUGCAUGAGUGCUGCUGACGUCAUUUUCUUUGUGAAGGAAUGUUAGUGAUGCUUCUGAAAUGUGCACACACUGCCAAGAAGCGACUUCAACGGUGACCUGAUGACCCAGUUGUUGACAAUUUACCAGGGCAGCAAGUUGGCUGGUCAGCACCAGAAGUUUAGUAUACAGUACAUAGAGACAGGCACUCAACUGGAGGGGAAAUAUCGCAGGGUUGCCUUGUACCAGCAAAUGUAGUGUUUUUCUUUCCCAAUGCUGAUUGUGAAAGCAAAAUUACUGAAACCUAAAGGUUUCUACCUCCAGUCACUUUCUAUAGAGUUACUUUACUUAGAAGCAAUAGCAUUAAUACAGAAACUGGCAAUGUAAAUCGCCUUGAAAAGUCGACUUGUGAUAGUCAUAAAAUGACGGCAAUUGUGUUUCAAGGCUGCUAUACAAUCCAAUGGUUUUGCCCAUUUUGUGUAAACCAGAGAGAAGAGCUAACUGAAAAGCCACAAGGAAGCAUUUGGGUGGUGAAGUCAGCAUUCUCAAUUUCUUGUUAGGUCAAAUGUUGUUUGAUGCAGAGUUUAGCUGUACAGACCUGGAAAAUAUUAGGUCUGCGCAGAUUUAUAUUGAAUAGCUUUUCAGUUAUGGCAGUGGUUGGGUCCCAAAAAAGGGCAAAAAUCCAUGUUGGGUUCCUGCUUCUGAUUUCUCAUUGACCAUUGCUGAAAAGUGCAUGUCCAACAAGGACAAAAUCAUUCAGCUCUGAAGGCCCACCAUAUCCUAAAGCUUGUCAAUACUCUUUGUUCCUGUGAAAAUGCCAUGUCAGUCACUAUUGUAAAGAGGGAAGAAUUAACCUUUUAAGACUUAGGCUUGAAUGUAUUUUAGAAAGAUGAGAUUCAAGUUUCCUGUGGGAUCCCUAAAUAAAGUGAGUUUCACGUGCUUCCAAUAUCAUCCUUCCAUAAGUUUUUUUUAAAAAAAAACACUUCCUGGAAUUUGGAACUAAUAUCUCAGAAGCAAGUCUUGGUGUGAUGAAUCGAAAUGGUACACUUGGUACAGUAGGAAAUGUCCUCUUGUUGCUAGGGUUAAAAGUGUAUUGUACUGUCCGAAGAGCGAAUUUUACCCCAACUCUAAUUUGUCCUGUACGUUAAUCUGGGAAUUCUUGGUGCUAAUAGAUGUCCUUGAACUGGGAUCCCUUACCGUGAGCAGUAACCCCCCCCCCCCUUCCUCUCCCCUGAAAAAAAAGUAUUUAGAAUUGGAAAAGAUCGUAUUGCAGUCUGUAGCACACUUGCACAGUUUCUUAUUUAUAUAAAUAUAUAUUUGAAUAAUUCUUUCACAUUAAAGUUUGAAAUGUCUGACAGCAGUGCAGUCUGUUGAAGCUGCUAUUUAAAAAAAACAUCUCCAUUGGUGUCCUAUGUAACAGGAAGAGGAAGUUUGCAACAGUUAUUAUACAAAACCACUCGUGAUAGGUUUGUGGUAAGGCAGCAAAUUUAGACUACUGAAAUAUGCAGUGUGUUUUAACUGACUUUCUACAUUAUGUAUGUGAAGAUUUAAUUUUCUAUAUCAUGAUACAAAGCAAAGAAAAAAUUAGUCAUACUAUCGUCAAAGAUAUUAAUUUUUUUCACUGUCUCAAACUUUUUUCUCAUUUUUCAUGUUUGUGUUGUAACCAGAUUAGAGUAAUUUUCAGUAUAUUAAAUUGUCUUGUGGCACACACCUGUUCACAGUUGUGGCCUGCUGUUCCCUUCCUACCUAUGUUGAACACUAUUGUCACAACGUGCAAAUGACUUUAUAUAAUUGGAUUGAAUACAAACAUUUUGCUUAUUCUACAGUAUAUCCAAAUUUAUUUUUUUAGGAUAAUCUGAUGCUUUAUUCCCAAUGUUACUAUUAUAGACCAUAGGGAAUUGAGAUUAACCUGUCUACCAAAUAUGACAUGGCGUGAUUAACAUGAUGCCUUUUUUAUUGUCUAGUUACUGCAGACUACUAUAAUGUCUUUGUUUGGUUGAGAUUGAUGAAUGGAUCAAUAGCCUGUCCAAAUUGGAAUUUGAUUGUUUUUGUUUGAAUGCAAAUAAACAUUGAUUUUGGAAA